GUACCACCACGUGCUCUCUCGUAUUCAUAGUUCACAAUUCACAAGCCCUCAGCCAUGUCCAAGUCACAACGACGGGAGACGGUGGUGGCGGCUCUGUCGAGACUGACGGAGGAGGUGUCUAGCGCCGAGAGACAGUAUCCGGCGCAGAGGCUAGCCGUGGUCACGGCCGAGCUGGCUAGCAUUCAGCAGGAAUUAAAAGAGUUUGAAGAAACGACCAAGCCUAUGAGUAAUCCACAAGAAUAUGCAAAGACGAUGCAUCAAAUGUUUGUGAGUCUCGACUUGUACAAAACACCUAUCCUAGCGUUAGAUAACCAAGAUUUUAUUGCCAACGUUAAUAGGAAGGAGAUGCGUCGCCUGGAGCAGGGCUGGCUACGGAGGCGCGAGGCGGAGCUGCAGAAAGAGAGGCGAGUGCUGCACGCCCAGGUGUUGAGGGUCCGAGCGCUGUACCGACAGCUGCAGCAUAUGCUAGAGAGAAUAUGGUCCGGGAGCACGCGUCCAGGGUUAUCGCUGGAGUCAGACCUAGCACGCGCACAGUCGCUACGUGACGGCCUUGCACUGGCCACCGCGAGACUGCGCGCUGCCAGCGAGUACGCGCGCGCGGCGCUGAGGUUGUUCGACGACGCGCUCGCUGCGUGGAAGUACGCGGCUGUCGGCAGGAGUGGUUGGGAACGUACGCUAGCCUGCUCCGAGGCGUGCGGGCUGCUGGUGCGGGGGCGGUGUGGGGAGCGGGGCGCGCGGAGGGUGCUGGCCACCCCCGCCGCACCCCGCGCCGCCCGCGCCCUCCGCCUCGCUCUAGACUACGCUUUCACUGACACCAUGCAUGACCACAGGUACCAAAGGGCUACAGAAAUAUUUUUGCAGUUCAAAGAGACUCUUGUUCAGCUCGUGAAGUCUAUCCAUCAGGUGCUCAUGAAUAACAUAGAAAGUCUAGCAGUAGCGGAGAAAGACUUCAAAGAGAAAAGGAAACAGUUGCUAGCUGCCAGAAUAAACGAUAUUGUUAGAAAAGGUUUCAGUGACUUGCAAUAUGAAGAAGUUGUAGGUAGAUUUAAAUUGUAUAAAAUGUAAUAACUAAUAAGCAUUAAGAGCCCCCGCAGACUCAUCAGUACCGUGUAUAUUAUAUCAGUACGAAGAUGUAUGAAGGUGCGCACAAUAAAAAAUUUGUAUCAGCCAAUAAUAAUGUACUG